AAGUGACAGCAACGUUACGAAGCAGCGGCGUGCUUUCGCAGCAGCAGCAGCAGCAAACUUCCUUCGAGGCAACAACAGCAGGGAGCUGUAGCAGUUUUAGCCGGAUAACACCGGAACGAGAUUUGCUACCACACGGGCAACUGUUGAUCCCCUGGCCAGCGAGCUCCAAGUCCUGCGAGAAAAACUCCUCGACCUUUGCGAGCAGACAAGAAGGAGAGAAGAAGAAAAAAAAAGAACAACAUCACAACCAACGACUACUACACUCCAGCGAGUAGUUCCACCGAUUGCGUUUGUGUGUGCCGUAUUUGUGAGUGUGUGUGUGUGUGUGUGCGUGCAUGAAAACGACGAGAAAAGCCCUGCUGCUCUAGUGGUGUGUGCGCGCGUUCGCCUACUCGACAGUAGCCCGCUCUGUGGAAUCGAAGUAGCCCGCCGAGCAGCGAUAGUUCGCGACUUCAUUUUGUGAUAGAAUUUCGUCGCGGUCGGUAGCCAAAUUGUUUCGCCGUGGAAGCUCGCCCCUUUUUGCGUUCAGAGUGCAGCAGCAAAGCUAACAAAAAUUCAUUGUGUUCACGCCGGGAAGCAGAGGCGACAGCUAAACGAGGACAAAGAAAGGGAACAAUCGCCCGCCGCAAAGCCGUUUUCUCGUUCGUGAGUUUCGUUUUGCAAAACCCCCGUUCCGUGCAAGUGCAAGUGCAAAAUGGCCCUCCGAGUGGUUGGUAUGAUGAUCCGCCAGGAGCUGGCUGGGCUGGCCAGCAAGCCAUCGGUGCGCAUGAUCAGCACGAGCCGUGGACCGAACUGUGCCCGCAUCCUGGAGCACUCACCGAAUGCGCACCUCAACAAGACGCUGUUGGACCGGUACACGCGCCUAAAGUACGACCCCAAGUACGUGCAGGUCACGUACGUCUGGAUCGACGGUACGGGUGAGAACGUCCGGCUGAAGGAUCGCGUGCUCGAUUACGUACCGAAGACGCCGGAAGACGUGCCAUCCUGGCAGUACGAUGGUAGCUCCACGUACCAGGCGCUUGGUGGCAACUCCGACAUGAAGCUGGUUCCGCGCGCGCUCUACAAGGACCCGUUCAAGGCGGGCGCAAAUGACGUGAUCGUGCUGUGUGACACGUACCAACCGGACGGUAAGCCGACCGCUUCGAACCACCGCGCUGCCAUGCAGGACGCGUACAACCGCACGAAGGACCUCGAGCCGUGGUUCGGUAUUGAGCAGGAGUACACCUUCCUCGAUGUGGAUGGUCGUCCACUUGGCUGGCCCGUUGCAGGAUUCCCAGGACCUCAGGGUCCGUAUUAUUGUGCCACCGGAGCGCAGAACGUCGUCGCUCGGGACAUCGCUGAAGCGCACGCCGUUGCCUGUUUAUACGCGGGCGUUCAGUUCGCAGGCACCAACGCCGAGGUGAUGCCGGCUCAGUGGGAGUACCAGGUCGGACCGGCUCUUGGCAUGAAGUGUGCCGACGAUCUGUGGCUUUCGCGGUACAUCCUGUGGCGCAUCGCCGAGGACUACGGUGUCGUGGUGACGUUCGACCCGAAACCGAUGGAGGGCAACUGGAACGGAGCCGGUGGGCACUGCAACUUCUCCACCAAGCCGAUGCGCGCUGAGAACGGCAUCAAAGCGAUCGAGCACGCGAUCGAGAAGCUGUCGAAGAAGCACGACAAGCACAUUAAGGCGUACGAUCCGCGUGGUGGAAAGGACAACGAGCGUCGGUUGGUUGGUCGGCUCGAGACGUCCUCGAUCGAUAAGUUUAGCUGGGGUGUUGCCGAUCGGGGCACUUCGGUGCGUAUUCCACGCGGUGUUGCCGAUGCUAAGAAGGGCUAUCUGGAGGAUCGUCGCCCGAGCUCGAAUUGCGAUCCUUACAGCGUGUGUAACGCCAUUCUCACGACCUGCUUGUUGGAUGAGUAGGCGCCCUUUUUGGGUGGGUCACGGGGUUGAAACAAAAGACACUUCUGCUUCGCGUACGCCUCCUUUUUGCCUCCCCCCUUUUCCCCUGGAACCGCUGUAUCCCUGCCCACAAACCCACUCACAGCCACUCAGAAGAUGGAAGACUAGAAGACAUCAGCACAGAGAUCACGAACGCACGAGAGAGAGAGCGAGAGAGAGCGAGAUAAGAAGAUAGGAAAAAACGAGUCCUUGAGACGGAUUUCCCAAGCCGAGUUAGGUAUCGAUAGCCUUGCCUAUCGCUAGAAGAGAGAAAGAAAGAUAGUAAAAGUGAAACAGAUAGAUAGGGAAACGCAGCACGAUAAGGAUGUGAAGAUGGAAAAUUUGUUAUGUAUACGUUUGCUAUUUUUUUUGUGUAUAAAAGCCGUUUUACGUUGCCGAAGGUCAUUUCGCUAAUCGUGCAGUUAUGUUAGAAAAGGGUCAUGACUCAAGAAAUCCCACUCGAUGGAGGCUGUUGUAGGAGAAGGCCGUUUGCCGCGUGCCAAGACUUUCUCGAUGCAAAUUCGAUGGACUGAUGAUGGUGUUCCGAUCGGAUGCCAGUGGUGCAUGUUUUGGGAAUGGCGUACAUUUGUGGGACGCAGUUUUUUUUUUACAAGAGACGCUUUUAUAUAGAUACGUGUAUGAGUGUAUGUGUGCGUGUUUUUACAAGAAUGCAACAGAGAGGUAUUUCAAUUUUACAAGCGCAGGAGCAGCAGCAGUAGCAGCAGCAAGCGAUCGUACAAAAGCGCAUAGCGGGACAGGUUUCGAGCGGGUUGGAAUGUUUUUUUUUAAAAAAAAAAGCUCAUCUGUUUAUAAAGAUGGUACAUUUUUUGAUUUGUUUUUCGUUUCAUUUUAUCUUAAAACGAUUUGCUUGCAAAAGGGAAAGAUAUAUUUUACCCACCUAACACGGGCACACUUUAGAGGAAGGACAUCAGCAUCCUUGAAGGAUAUUUAACACAGAGCGACAGCAAUGUGCAUUGAGCCGAAGCCAACGAGCAGCAGUGCCAGGAUGCAAACUGAAGUGUGUUGCCAUUCGGAGGAAGAAUGGAAAAGGAUUUUAAAAUUUAUACCUUGAAGCAUAAAUGCCAUGGAAGCCAUAAGGAGCACAGCAGCGUACGUGCGUUUGCGCCGGAGAGCAAGAGAGAGAGAGAGAGAAAAAAAGAUAAAAAUUAUCGUAGCUGUUUAAUUACUUGUUGUUUAGAAUGUAAGUCCAGUCCAAGUGUAAGGUUAUAUCAGAGCGCGAGUAGCGUGGGGGCGUCCGGUAAUAAAAUGAAAACGUCAUCACUGAA